AUGGCAGAAGAUCAGGAGCGUCCAAACAGUCAGACUGGCCUUCUGGAGAGAUCAAACCAUGUCAAUGGAUCUACUAUGAAUGAGGCCGACCGCAAUCUCGUGGACAAAUUCGGCUACAAGCCCGUCUUCAAACGAGAGUUCGGAUACCUUGCCACAAUCUCUUUCGCCAUUAGCAUCGGAGCCGUCUUCCCAUCAGUUGCUACAACGUUCAUCUACCCGCUACAAGCUGGAGGAAGUGCGUGCAUUGUGUGGUCUUGGCUUAUCUCAGGCGCUGGCUGCAUGUGCCUUGCGCUGUCCGUCUCUGAACUCGUCUCAGCGUAUCCCACUUGUGGCGGGCUCUAUUACACUGUUUCUCGACUGGCUCCCAAGGACUACGUGCCAUACAUCAGCUGGGUGGCUGGAUGGCUCAACCUCCUCGGACAAGCUGCCGGCGUUGCUGCUUCAGAAUGGGGUGCAUCAUCACUUCUCCUGGCCAUUGUAUCAAUUGCAUCGGACUUUGCAUACCUGCCCACGCUCAAUCACACAGUAGCUGUGAUGGUUGGCAUGGUAAUCUCGAGUGCCUUGGUCAACUCUCUAUCGACGUACUGGUUGGAGAAGAUGUUCAGAUUCUACGUCGUCUUUCACAUCCUGGUGUUGGUGACUUGUUGCAUCGCUUUACUGGCGGUAGCUCAGCCUGAGAAUGGUACUCCAAAGAAUUCCGCUAGAUAUGUCUUCACGGACUUUACCAACCAAUCUGGCUGGCAGCCUCCAGCUUGGAGCUUCAUGUUUGGAUUUCUGUCGGUGUCCUGGUCAAUGUCCGGCUACGACGCGACCGCCCACAUCGCAGAGGAGAUCAAAGAACCCGAGAUCAAAACACCCUGGGCAAUAUCUCUCGGUAUGCUCUUCACCUACGUCGCAGGCUGGCUAUACAAUAUCGUUCUCUGCUUCGUCAUGGGUGAUGUGUGUGCGAAAGACUCAAUAAUCCACUCACCAAUCGAGCAACCAGUGGCACAGAUCUUUUACAACGUCCUUGGGAAGUCUGGAUCAGUGUUCUACACCAUCUGUGCACUGAUCAUCCUGAAGUUUGGGAACUUCGCAGCUAUGCAAUCAUUAACACGAACAAUAUUCGCCCUCUCGCGCGACGGACUCGUACCAUUCAGCAAUACUUGGACAACCAUCCUGCCCUCAACCGGCAUCCCAAUCUACGCCGUCUGGAUAUCAGCUCUCUGGGCCAUCGGGAUCAACCUCACCGGUCUAGGCUCCUAUCCCGCCAUCGCAGGCGUCUUUAACGUCACGGCCAUCGCACUAGACUGGUCCUUCUGCAUACCCAUAUUCUGCAAGAUCUUGUUUGGCAAAUUCGUGCCGGGACCUUGGCAUUUAGGUCGGUUCUCGAGGGCAUUGAAUAUUUAUGCGUGUGCGUGGACGAUGUUUGUGUCGGUUAUAUUUUUGAUGCCUACGACGUUGCCUGUGGAGGCGGAGACUAUGAAUUACGCUGUGGUGUAUAUCGUGGCUAUCUUGCUGUUCUCAACGCUCUACUGGGUCGUAAGGGGCCAGGAGCAUUAUACUGGACCUCGAAUCGAAGUCACGAAAGAUAUUGAUAACAUCGACCCAGACGGGCCACCAACAGGUCACUCAAGGGUAUCCGGGGACUCUAUUGAAGACGAUUCAGAGCCAACAGAGACUCGUCCCCUUCUCGCUGGGCCCUAG